CUCGAAAAGUUCCUUUUGGCUCCGAGUGAAAAAGUUGUCCAUCGCCCAACGAAACAGACCCGUCGCCCAGUAGAUCGCCCAGCCGACAACCCUCCCCCCCCGACGUCAAGAUGAGAUACAUUCACUCCCAGGAGAGCCUGACGGUCCCUCAGGAUGUCAAGGUUCACAUUAAGUCCCGCGUCGUCUCCGUCGAGGGCCCCCGUGGCAAGCUCGUGAAGGACCUGUCCCACUUGGCCGUCAACUUCUCCCAGCCGGUUAAGGGUACCAUCAACAUUGAGAUCCACCACGGCUCAAGAAAGAACGUUGCCACCCUCCGCACCGUCCGCACCCUGAUCAACAACUUGAUCAUCGGUGUGACCAAGGGCUUCAAGUACAAGAUGCGCUACGUCUAUGCCCAUUUCCCCAUCAACGUCAACCUGGAGAAGAACUCCGAGACUGGUCUGUGGGAGGUUGAGAUCCGCAACUUCAUUGGCGAGAAGCUCGUCCGCCGCAUCGUCAUGCGCGAGGGUGUCGAUGUUGCCGUCUCUUCCAGCCAGAAGGAUGAGCUUGUCCUCUCCGGCAACUCUCUCGAGGCUGUCUCUCAGUCCGCCGCCGAUAUCCAGCAGAUCUGCAAGGUCCGCAACAAGGAUAUCCGUAAGUUCUUGGACGGCAUGUACGUCUCCGAGAAGGGCAACAUUGUUGAGGAUGCUUAAGUGCAUAUCCAAUCCUGAGAAAUCAAGGGUUCCGGAUGUACAGAGCUGGGCGAGAAGGGGAGCAGGGAAAUCCAAAAGUCAAAUGGUCAUGUUUUUCUAAGGACUAAGCAAAAAGAGCAACUGGGUUCUGGGUCUCAUCACAGGCGUGGCCGGGGUUCCUUUUAUUUUUGCAUCGCGUAACUCGAGGGUUACCGUACGAAUCACAUCCGAAAAGUCAAAGAAAGACGUUGCCGGCUCCUUUCCCUGAGCUGCCACACCUCCCCAAACACUACGAGAUAACUACCACAUGCAUGAAAGCUUUUCAUGGUGAAAUGAUACCCAC